GCAAAUUAUGUCCCUCUUGAAGAGGAAGUGUCGCCCCCACCAUAUGCACCACAACAAGUUAACUUGCCUGCUCAGUCAGGUUAUUCGGCUCAGCCUGGUUACCCAGCCCAGCCUGGUUACCCACAGCAACCAUAUAAUGCACAGCCGGGGUACCCAGGCCCCCAGCCUUUUACCGGACAACCCAUGGGUUAUCCACAACCGUACCCAACGACGCAGCAAAGUUCAACAACGGUGGUUAUGCAGGUACGGUUUUUAAAUAAUAUUGUAUGAGUGCAGUUAAGAGGAAUGCUUAGAUCAUAAGAACAGAAGAGGUAUUAAUUUGAUGACGUCAUGAGCGUGGCCAAUGGAAAUAGGAAGAAAGCUCCUGCUAUGAAUUUUUUCUUUCGAAUAUUCUAGUUUUGUUAUAAUGCUUUAUGACAUGAAGAUGUCAGGAAGAAAAUUUGGCGUCCGUUAAACGCAGCUGGAUAGGGUGUGAAAUAUUUAAUGAGCUUAAAAAAGGAUGCAACAGAAACAUCAAAUAAAAGAAGCAAGGCUGAUUUUACAGUCGGGAGUAUACAUUUUUUGUUACCAAUAUUUCGCAAGGCACGGCCUUCCUUCUUCAGGGUCUUACAUACAGUAUUGGUAACAAAAAAUAUAUAUUCGGGACUGUAAAAUCAGCCAUGCUUCUUUUGUUCGAUAUUUCAACUUAUAGCUGAUCAGAUUGAGUUUAUUAGGAUCGGGUCCUUCUUUUUUGUAACGUUGGUCUUUGCUUCCGAAAUUCAGAUGUAGUCAGAUGUAGUAAUUUUCCAAUAAAAUCAGUAACAGCUAAUCUUUAGUUGAAUAUAGGAAUCUUGUGAUUGAAAUUAUACUAAUUGCUUCUCCAUUGUAUUUUAUUUAUUAGCCCAGCCAAACAGUCAUCUUGCCGAUGACUCCUCGUCCACAGAACUGGCUGGUCUUGUCCAUUUUGACCUGUUUGUUCUGUGCCUGGCCGAUCGGGUUAGCCGCCAUUGUCUUCAGUAGCAUGGUAAGUCUGUCAUGCUUUUUAAGUUGA